ACUUUUUCAAAACCCCCUUUUCCAUUUUGAUUUUAUUCACUUUUUUUUAAAAAAAGAAAAAAUGUAAUUAAAAAUAUAUAUUGUUUUUUUUUUUUUAAAAAAAGUUGUUUCUGAUUUGUUGCUUACAUGUGCGCUGUCUUCCUCUUCCUCUCCAUCGGUUCAUAAUAUAUACGAACUUACCCUUUUGAUUUCUUUGUCUUCUUCUUUUCACCAUUAAUGGUGAAAUAGCUUUGGCCUUUCUUUUUCUGUAUAUAUAAACAUGUAAGUUCAUCAUCACAAAGUUUUAUUUUUGAGGGAUUCCUCUGUUUUUCAUCACCCAUAGGUAAAUGGGGUUUCCUUUCUUUUUGUCUUUUUGAUUAUUUUGAUUCCAAGAAUCUGGUUUUUGGAUUUUUUUUUUCUUUUUGAGGGGUAAAUGGGAGAAUGAGAUUUGGUUUGUUUUGAUCGGGAAUUUUUGUGUUAGGAUUCAUAAGUGAGAAUUGGAAUGAGAUUCAAGGAACCAAAGAACAGAGCUUAGAACCGAGCUUUUCAUUCUUCUUCUUUUUCUUUGGCCAGUUUUUUUUUCAAUAAAAAGGGACAAUCAUGGACGAAAAAUGAGAAUUUUCUAUGUGGGUUCUUCUGAAAACGAAGAAAAAAGCUUUAUUUGGUGAUUGAAAUUGGAAAAAAGAGGAGAAAAUAAGUUGAUUUUGAUGUCAGAAUCAAACAGAGCGCCGCCGCAGGCGGCGGAGACAAGUUUGCCGAGGAAGAAGAUGACGAAGCAAUUGACGGGAAAAAGAGACGACACACCAUUACAUUCCGCCGCGAGAGCCGGAAAUCUAACGGCGGCGAUGGAAAUUUUGACGGACACCGAUGAGAUGGAUUUGAGAGAAUUACUGGCAAAGCAGAAUCAUUCCGGCGAAACAGCGUUAUACGUGGCGGCGGAGUACGGAUACGUUGAUUUAGUAAGAGAAUUGUUGAAAUAUUACGAUCUGGCUGAUGCUGAGAUCAAAGCAAGAAAUGGAUUUGAUGCUUUUCACAUUGCAACAAAACAGGGUGAUUUGGAAAUAUUGAAAGUUUUAAUGGAGGCCCAUCCGGAAUUAUCCAUGACAGUCGACAUAUCGAACACGACCGCAUUGCAUACGGCGGCAACGCAAGGCCAUAUCGAGAUUGUGGACUUUCUAUUGGAAGCCGGUAGCGGAUUGGCCACCAUUGCUAGAAGCAAUGGUAAAACUGCUCUGCAUUCUGCUGCUAGAAAUGGACAUUUGCAAGUGGUUAGAGCGCUUCUUGCGAAGGAGCCGAUCGUGGCAACACGAACGGACAAGAAAGGACAGACCGCGCUGCAAAUGGCGUCGAAAGGGCAGAACCUCGAGGUGGUGGAAGAGCUGAUCAAGGCGGAUCCAUCCUCUAUCAAUAUGGUCGACAAUAAAGGCAACACUGCCCUACAUAUCGCUGCAAGAAAGGGCAGAGCUGAGAUUGUUAGAAUGCUUCUCAGGCAAAAUGAAACAAAUACGAAGGCGGUGAAUCGGUCGGGGGAGACAGCUCUCGACACGGCAGAGAAAACAGGGAACCCGGACAUAGCUUUGAUUCUAAAAGAGCAUGGUGUACAAACUGCAAAAGCAAUCAAACCAGAAGUGAAAAAUCCAGCAAGGGAAUUAAAGCAAACAGUAAGCGACAUAAAACACGAAGUUCAUUACCAAUUAGAACACACUCGACAAACCCGAAGACGAGUCCAAGGAAUAGCGGAACGCCUAAACAAAAUGCACACUGAGGGCCUAAACAAUGCCAUAAAUUCAACAACUGUGGUUGCUGUUCUUAUAGCCACAGUAGCAUUUGCAGCCAUUUUCACCGUCCCCGGUCAAUACGUGGAUGAUCCAGAAGACGUGCCGGCAGGUUUUUCCCUGGGCGAAGCGAAUAUCGCCCCUAAAGCUCCAUUUAUAAUCUUUUUCAUCUUUGAUUCAAUAGCCCUUUUCAUAUCACUAGCUGUUGUGGUAGUUCAAACUUCAGUUGUGGUUAUAGAAAGCCAAGCCAAGAAGCAAAUGAUGGCCAUUAUAAACAAGCUAAUGUGGCUCGCUUGCGUGCUCAUCUCCGUCGCGUUCUUGGCACUUUCGUUUGUCGUUGUUGGAGAGCGCGAGAAAUGGCUCGCCAUCGGCGUCACGCUCAUUGGAACGACCAUAAUGGCUACGACAUUGGGGACAAUGUGCUAUUGGGUAAUCAAACAUAGAAUUGAAGCAUCAAAUCUAAGGAGCAUAAGGAAGUCUUCAAUGGGAGGAAGCAGAUCAAAAUCUUGUUCCCUCUCAGUCAUGUCUGAUUCUGAGAUACUUAACAAUGAGUUCAAGAAAAUGUAUGCAAUUUAAAACUAAUUUUUUCCCCUUUUUUCCCCCUUUUCAAUAACCCUCAAGAGAGUUUUUGGGUUUUGGCAGACAAAAUUUUCUUACACCUUUUUUUUUUAUGGAGAUGAUGAUUGUACCAUCUUCAUCUUCUACAAACUGCUCACUGAAAUUUCUCACCUAUAUAUAAAAAGACUUGAUUUGUACA